GCUUCGGCAGUCAUUGCUUGAUAAGACUGCUUAAACUACACCUCCUUUCCCCUGUGUCUGUUACACUGCUCAUCUUACUCCUCAGUGACAGGUCAGCUAAGGAGGCUUUUGCCCCAACAUGGCUUUUCCCAAAUUCUUCGAUUUUUUCAAAUCAAUUCGUCAACGAGACAGUCCGGUGGCUCAGGAGAAAGAGUCCACAAAGAAAACGGAUGAGCAGAAGUGCCUUUGGGAUUUAGAUGCAAUUUUUGAGAAAAAGGAUGAAGAAGACGUGAAAUGUGUAAACGUUCUCAUUGUGGGUGCCGGAAGUCGUGGAAGUUGCUACACAUUUUAUGCCGUGCAAUUCCCGAAACGGAUGAAGGUAGUUGGUGUGGCAGAUCCUCGUUCUUGUGCUAGGGAAAAGAUCAGAGAUAUGUUUAACAUUGAUGAAGACAAACUUUUUGAAGACUGGACAGUUGCAGUUGAGAGAGAAAAAUUUGCAGAUGCCGUGAUAAUAGCGACUCCAGAUAGGGCACACAAGGAUCCUGCAAUAGCAUUUGCUAGAAGAGGUUACCAUAUUUUAUUGGAAAAACCCAUGGCUGUAACUCCUGAAGAUUGCUGUGAAAUUGUAUCUACGUGCAAAGAGAACGGCGUCAUGCUUGCAGUUGGUCAUGUUAUGCGAUAUCAUCCAGUCUCACAGAAAAUAAAGGAGCUUAUGGAUUCUGGUGCCAUUGGGGACAUUGUGCACAUUCAACAUAUGGAGCCUGUUGGACACUGGCAUUUUGCACACUCCUUUGUCAGAGGGAACUGGAGAAAUGAAAAGGAAAGCACGUUUUCUCUGCUAGCCAAGUCAUGUCAUGAUAUCGAUCUAAUAUGUUACUGGAUGGGAAAGAAAAGAUGUGUAAAGGUAUCGUCAUUUGGAUCAUUAUCCCAUUUUACUAAAGAAAACAAGCCCAAAGAUGCAGGCAGCCGCUGCUUAGAUUGUUCCGUUGAGGAGACUUGUCCAUAUUCUGCAAAGAAGAUUUAUCUGGAGAAAGCUGAAUCGGGGAUGUUCUGUUGGCCUAUAACUGUCGUGUGCAAUGAUGGGAUCUAUGAUAUUGAAUCACUGACUAAAGCCUUAAAGACCGGUCCAUAUGGAAGAUGUGUCUAUGAGUGCGAUAAUGAUGUUGUCUCAAACCAGGUUGUUAACAUGGAAUUUGAAGGUGGAUUGACUGCUGCUUUUACAAUGAUGGCUUUUACCCAUGCCCUUGGUGCCAGAGUUACAACUGUCUAUGGAUCUAAGGGAGAAAUACGCUGCAAAGGAUCAACAAUUGAAGUUUGUGACUUUGUGACAAAAACGACCUACACCGUUCCAGCUAUGCACCGUGUAAUGAUCCCUAUGCAACUCAUGGCACAUAGUGGAGCAGACUAUUACCUCAUCAGCAGUUUUAUUUCAGCAGUCGCAAAAGACGAUCCAUCUCUCAUUCAGACCGGCCCAGAUGAAACUCUUAGAAGCCACCUUCUUGUGUUUGAAGCUGAGCGAUCCCGGAGAGAGAGUUGUGUUGUGCAAUUCAACGACGACGACAACGACAAGGAAUAAAUAGUAGAAAUGUAUUAUGAAAAGUAACUUUCUAUGUUUACAAUUUAGAUCACUACACAAUGAAUAUGCUUAUACCAAAAUGAAUGUCUUAAUAUAUUCAACAAAACACAAUAUGAAAUGACUGAUUCCAUCAAGGGUUCUCAAUUGGUUUUAAAAGGAAUGUUUGACUGUUUUCAGUCUUUAAUGAGAUUCAGCAGGAGUCCUUGAAUGGUUUCGACAGGAGUCCUGGCUUUCCCCAGCACCCAUAGCCUUAAGCUACUUAGACAAUGCAGAACUCACACUUCUGCAUUAUCAGCUUUGAAUCUAUCAAACUGUGGAUGUCAAUUUAUUAAGCCCACCAACCUCCCCCCCUCCAGGUUGGAUGGAGUCACAUUCGAUAAUGAAGAAGUGUAAUAUGUGUAUUAUCAAUAUGGCUUCGGAGAAGGCAGAUUUUUGGUGGCAGGGAGAGUUUUAUUUUUGUCAAACCACUCCAGAACAACUUGACAGGAAAUUGUGACUGCACCAAUAGAUUCAUACAACCAUAACCACUACAAUGAGCUUUGGUAGUUGUGGUGCAACUUGCGCCUGUUUAAUUAUAAUUGCACUAUGUAUAAGAAGAUGAUUACAAAAUUCUAAACAAAAACUGUUUAAUCAUGUUUUUUUUUAAAA